CCUGAACGUCCUAUUCGAAAGGAUCAUGAAAACUUUCGGGAAAACCCAGCAUUGAAUGAUAAAAUGCAUUGUGUUGUCUACGUAGCCGCUGCAGAUAACCCAAAAGAACUCCUGGCAGACCAAGGAGCACAUGAACAAUUGAAGAAAAUAAGAAGUGCUUUAUCUGCAGAAAAUGUUCCUCAGCUGGUACUAUUAAACAAGAUUGAUCUUCUGGGAAUAAGAGAUAUAAAUACCAUUUUUAGAAAUAAAAUGGUAAAAGGAAUCUGCGAAGGUGCCAGUGAAUUUAUGGAAUUGCCAGUAGGACAUGUCCUUCCUAUGGUAAAUUACACCACGGAACAAGUCCCGGACGCCUUGAAAGAAUUCUUAGCUCUUUACAAUUUGUGGAAUAUGAUGAACAAGGCAAAUGAUUAUGUGAGUUGUCGUGCAGAUGCACCAGAGGGAUUUCAUGAUUGAAUUUUACAAAGUUUGAAU